AUGGAGGACAAAACCAUGCCGGACAAAAUCGAAGUCGAGGUAUCCCCAGACCAUCUCGAGAACGGUUCUGGUGGGGUUCAAAAGCACACGGCGCUCGAGUUUGACGAUGCCAUGGUGCGCAAUGAAGAGCGUGCCCCAGAAGCACGAGGAUUCCAUUUCGCCCAGCUAUCCAAAAAGUAUUGGAUCAGUCCAGCCUUUUUGGGCAGUUAUUCUGCCUCUGCAUUCACCUUUACCGCCACGGUGGGAGGCUACGCCCAGACCGCACCUCUUCUUUCUUAUAUCAACGACGACCUUGGUCCAAGUGACUCUAUCAGUUACGCCCCUCUCGCCAAUGUGAUCGCAUCUGCAGUUGUCCUCCAGAUGGUCGGCUGCCUGAGCGACAUUUUUGGGAGACGUUGGUUUUUCAUCGGAGGCUCGUGUCUCGGGCUUCUGGCCGCCAUUCUGGGCGCCACGGCACAGUCCAUUACGCAGAUUGUGGUCUCACAGGCGCUUUUUGGUGCUGCCCUAGGAUUUGGCCUCUCGUUCUUCUGGGUCAUUUCCGAAAUCGUGCCCAUGAGAUGGCGCUUUCUGGCAGUAUCGGGGGUGUAUAUUCUUAGCAUGCCUUGCAAUCCGCUGGCUGCUAAAGUUGCCCUUCAAUUUCAAUUCUCUACCACUUCUCACUGGCGGGGGUGCUACUAUUUCCUCAUCGGACUAAAUGCACUGACCGUGUUGCUGUGGGUGCUCUGCUACCACCCGCCAACGUUCAAAAUGCUGCAUCGUCGCAAGAGUGCUAUGGAGAUUGUCCUCCAAUUCGACUGGAUCGGUCUGGUGAUCUAUUCGCUGUCCCUGAUCCUGUUCAUCCUCGGCUUGGACUGGGGGGGUGGCCUCUAUCCCUGGAAUUCAGGCCAUGUAAUCGGCUCUUUGGUUGGAGGAGGUGCUGGAUUUGUUUGUUUUGCGUUGUGGGAAAUCUUUCUUCCCAUUUCUACGGUUCACCCGCUUCUGCCUAUGCAUUUGUUUAAGAACGCCAGAUUCCAAGCCUGCUCAUGGCUUACGGGCAUCGGGGCUGUAACCUAUUACGGCUUCAGCCUGGUAUGGCCACAGGCAGUGCGAUCUCUGUACGACGGCGUCAGCCCUUCUCAACAAAGCACCCUGACCACCACGCUAAUCCUCUGUUUCGUGCUCGGUCAAUUCUCUGGUGGAGUUAUUGCCGAGCUCGCUGGCGUGCGCGUGGGGGCGAUUGGCAGUGCCUUUGCGGCCCUUCCCCUGCUCGCUGGGGCAGCGACUGAUCCUCGCAACCUCAAUCUCACCAUCGGACUGGCGGCCGCGGGCUGCUUCAUGGUAGGCGCCAACGAAGGCGUUGCCCUGACCGCCGUCACUUUCCCCAUCAAAAGCCAGGAAGAGCUCGGUGCGGCUGGUGGCCUGGCUGGAACGAUCCGUCAGUUCUGUGCCUCAUUUGGUACCGCCGUGUUUUCUACAAUCUUGAACAAUCAGCUCAAGUCCAAAGUCCCCCGAUAUGUCCAAGAUGCUGUAUUGGCUACUGGACUGCCUCAGUCAUCGGUACCGGCCCUUCUUUCGAGAAUUAAUAACAUCACGGCCGUGACCAACGCGACAGUACCCGGGUUCAACAGCCAGAUCGAAGCUGUUGCCAGAGAUGCGCUUCGAAAUGCACAAGCUUCAUCGUACAGUACCGUCAUCUACACCAGCGCCGGGUUUGCGGGAGUUCUCAUUCUGCUCUGCUGGUGGGUUCCAGGGUUCGAUCGCAACAAAAAGGAUUUCGUGGCCGGGCAUAUCCAUCAAACAACCGAAGAAAAGAAGUUAGAGCUGGAGUAA